CCCGUGAAUUUAGUUGACGGCGGCUAAGCUAACCUCUGGAGAUGCGGAGAAGCUAAGCUUUCUGGAAGGUCGUUCCUGACUUCGGUCUGGCAGCCAAUUAUGAGGAGUUUCGAUAAACUCCAGAUAAAUACAGCGAUAUCCUACGGUUGUUGAUUCCGAGCUCUAGUAUUGUAUAAGAGCUUGAAUGUCAGAUAGAACUUUAUCUGUAACCAUCAGCAAUUUAACCAAUCCAUAUCCCCAUCACAACAAAGUGCACUCUACCUCUUCAACAUGCCCUUCAAGCGCAGCUUCAACACCGUAGGUGUCCACUGCGGAGGCGAAGUCUGCGACGUUGUAGUCGGCGGCGUUCGCGAUGUCCCCGGAAAGACAAUGUACGAAAAGAUGAUGUACUUCUGGGAGAAAGAAGACCACCUCCGAAAUCUUCUCCUCAACGAACCACGAGGAUGUUCCGCCAUGUGUCAUAACCUCGUCUUGCCUCCUACAAACCCCGAAGCUGACUACGGCUUUAUCAUCAUGGAGCAUGAAGAGUAUCCGCCCAUGUCGGGAGCAAAUACUGUUGCGACAGUGACGUGUCUUUUGGAAACGGGCAUGGUGACAAUGCAGGAGCCCGAGACGGUUGUCAAGCUUGAUGCGCCGGCUGGACUUGUUACUGCUUAUGCGAAGUGUGAAAAUGGGAAAUGCAAGAGUGUCAGGUUCCAUAACGUACCUGCUUUUGUGUUUGCCACCGACAAAGAGAUCUCGGUACCGGAUCUUGGCACAGUGAAAGUCGAUAUUGCCUAUGGAGGCAUGAUCUACGUGUUGGUAGAUGCUGCAUCGGUUGGCCUGAAGAUCAAGACCACCGAGGGAGCUAAGCUGGUCAAAGUCGGAGAGCGCAUCAAGAGAGCUGUCAUGGAGCAAACGGAUCCAGUACAUCCUGAAAACCCCGGUAUUCAUGGUGUCACAAUUAUAGAGUUCACAGAGCCUCUCUAUGAGUACAAGGAUGGAAAAGCAGCAAAUAAUACCGUUGUUGUUUCUCCCGGGCGUCUGGAUAGAAGCCCUUGCGGAACAGGAACAUGUGCACGACUAGCAGUUCUCCAUGCCAAGGGAGAGCUGAAGGAGGGCGAGAACUUUUAUCAUCGGGGCAUCACUGGAACGGAGUUUGUAGGUAGGGUAGAGGGGACAACCAAGGUUGGCGAGUAUUCUGCUAUUCAUCCCUCUGUUGAGGGGCAAGCGUGGAUAACAAGCUUCAAGCAAGUUGUGCUGGAUUCCACAGAUCCAUUUCCUGAAGGAUUCCGCGUUGGAGAUACAUGGCAUCUGGAUCCCGAAGAGUAGACGUACUUUAGACGAAGAAUAAAAAUAUAG